AUGGCAUUUGGUGACCUUCUGGAGCAGGUGGGCAGCACAGGCCGCUUCCAGAUCCUUCACGUCACCCUGCUCUGUAUCCCAGUGCUACUGAUGGCCAGUCACAACCUGCUGCAAAAUUUUGUGGCGGCCGUGCCUCCUCACUACUGCAAUGCACAUGCAAACGUCUCCAAGCAACAACUCAGCACACGAGACAUUCUAACAGUCACGGUGCCUUUGGACCAAACAGGCAAGCAUCAGAGCUGCCAGCGCUACGUUUCUCCACAGUGGCACCUCCUGGACAAGAAUGGUACUUUGAAACGAGAGCAACUGGAGGAAUUUGAUGCCGAAGUAAGCGUCCAGGGAUGUGCUGAUGGAUGGUCCUAUAAUAUGACUGGGAUGACCUCGAGUAUCGUAGCGGAGUGGGAUUUGGUGUGCGAUCUGCGCUCUUUGAAGCAAAUGGGGCAAACCAUAUACAUGGGAGGUGUUCUUGUCGGAUCCAUCGUCUUUGGAGCUCCUGCAGACAAAUACGGACGACGGAUCCUCUUGAUUGUUUCUCACCUGCUGAUGGCGGUGGCCGGGACGGGUGCUGCGUUCUCAACGUCCUUUUCCAUCUUCUGUCUGUGCCGCUUUGGUUGCGGAAUGGCUCUAUCAGGCCUGGGCCUCAACACCUUUUCGCUCAUUGUGGAGUGGAUCCCGACCCGCGUCCGGACCGCUGUUGGCACGCUCACAGGUUACUCUUACACACUGGGACAGUUACUUCAAGCGGGAAUGGCUUACUUUAUUCGUGACUGGAGGUGGUUGACCUUGGCUGCGUCUUCACCCUUCUAUUUUUUCUUCAUCUACUCAUGGUGGUUUCAUGAAUCUUCAAGAUGGCUAGUCCUGAGCCACAACUAUGACCAAGCUGUCAAGAACCUCAAAAGUGUGGCAAAAAUAAACGGUCGACGUGAGGAAGGAGACAAAAUCGACAUCAAUAUGGUGCAGGAGUCCAUGAAGAAAGAGAUGACAUGUUCACAAGGCUCAUACUCCGUCUUGGAUCUUUUCCGCACUCCCACCAUGCGAUCGAUGACGAUCUACCUCAGUGCUGUCUGGCUAUCAACAAGCUUUGCCUACUACGGGCUAGCCAUGGACCUUCAGAAGUUUGGCGUGGACUUCUACUUAAUCCAAGUCAUUUUUGGGGCUGUGGACAUCCCGGCCAAGAUCAUCAUUAUGGUGACCAUGAGUUUCAUUGGACGCCGUCCAUCCCAGAGUGGUGCACUUAUCCUUGCUGGAAUCAUGGUGCUAAUCAACCUUUUUGUACCUCAUGACCAACAGAUGCUGCGCACCUCUCUGGCUGUCGUGGGUAAAGGUUGCCUCGCUGCUUCCUUCAGCUGCUGUUACCUUUACUCCGGAGAGCUCUUCCCCACCAUAAUUCGUCAGAACGGAAUGGGAAUGGUAUCGAUGAUGGCUCGCGUGGGAGCGAUGGUGGCCCCCAUGGUGCUUCUGAGUGGUGACUAUAUACCUUGGCUGCCGGGUUUGAUCUACGGGGGAGCGCCCAUCAUCAGUGGCGUGGCUGCCAUUUUCCUCCCAGAAACGCUUGGGUCGCCACUUCCUGACACAAUACAAGAUGUGGAGGACAGGGGCUCUGGAAAAGUCUCCAAAAAGACAUCAAAGGAAGCAGCCAUUCUACAAGACACGCAGGCAAACCUCCUGAAGCCGGUUGUGUGA